AUGUACACAUAUAUAGCUAAAAACCAUUUCUUCACUUCCAGCCCCAGUCCUCCGAUUCAGAUUGAUCCUCCUCAGACAAGCCUUCCAUCGGUGACUACCGCUAACACUGCUUAUGGUUCCUCUCUCAUUAAUUCUGGUGGUAAAACCAAUGAAUCGAUUCUGUCUCGAGUUGGCUUUCAGCGAAAUUUGACCCCUACCGAAUUGGCUAUUGUUCAACAUGAAGCUGGACAGAUGCAGCGCCAGCUUCGCAUCUGCUUACGCCGCGUGGUUGCUCGUCUUGCCAGGGAUCGCCGCUUCCUUGUGUUUACACGACCCGUAGAUUCUGAUGAGGCGCCCGAUUAUCAUGAGGUCAUCUCAAAUCCGAUGGACCUUGGCAAGGUCCGUGACAAUGUCGAUCUACAUAAUUACACCACUGUUGAGCCAUUCGUUAAGGUAGGUAUCUAUAUUCUGUAA